AGACCGGGUAGUAGUCCGCUUCGCGCUAUUCGCGCCACCACGGUCCUCGGAACACGGUUCUCUCUAACUUCUGACUGGUUCGGCUCUGUCUCGCACCCGCCUCUUCCCCCUCUUUUUACCGCUCGCUCUUGCUCUUCUCUUUUCCCUCUAUUUCUUUCUCUCUCUCUCUCUCUCUUUUCCCCCUCUCUAGCUCCGUUCCCCUCUCCAUUCUUUCUCACUCGCUCUUCCCUCCCUCCAGGUUGGCGGUCUCCCUUCCCCCGUCCGUCUUCUUCGCCUGACGACGCUGCUCUCUCGGGCAUUUCGCCGGAAACCGACGCCGCGCGAGGACUGAGCGUUUCGUUUAACGCGUUACGUACCAUCUAUCUUUUUUUUUCUCUCUCGCCGUUCCGUAAGCGGACACGCAAGCAGGCAAGCAGAGGCAUCUCGGGAUUCGAAGUGAAGACGAAUCACAUAUAAUUGAUCUAUCAACAUGAGUACCAAGGAAAAUAACGAGGUCGCUGUAGAAAAGGUGGCAGAAAACGACAAGGCUUCGGCGGACGCGAAGUGUGAGAUCAAAGGAAUCAAGAGGCCGGCCGAGGAGAAAAACGAUGAAGCAAAGAAACAAAAAAAAGAGGAAAAUGGAGAUGGCGAAGUAGAAGAAGAAGAAAUAGAAGAGGAGGUUGAAGAAGAGGAGGAAGUGGAUGGAGAUGGUGAGGAAGAUGACGAAGAGGAUGAUAUACCGGAAGGCGAAGAAGAUUUAGAAGAAGGAGAAGAGGAAGAAGAAGAUGAAGCGGAAGGUGAAGGUGAAGAAGUGGAAGAUGAAGAGGAGGACGCAUAAUGAAAAGAGGGAGAACAAUAUGUAAGUAAAACGGGAGGAAGGCACGUGGCAUCAUCGUCGAUCUUCGGCAGUCUUCUCAGCAAACACUUACUCUCAUAUUGAGUGGUUGGUAGCAAUGUUGAUAUCGAUCGUGUCCAAAUCCAUAUCGUUGGAUCAUCCUCCUGAGCUACGAAAUAAAAUUACCACCUCACCGGAGUUGUGUCGGGCUGACGCAUUAUAUUAAUGCAGUCGCGUUUUUCUACUGUCUUGGCUCUUCGCAAUUCUGGUAUCUACUAGCCGUAACCAAAUACUGUUAGGUCGUUCGCACGAAAAUUGUACAUUUGUCCUGAGGACGGCAUUAAAACCUAAUACUAAAUCUGAUAUACAUAUACACAUACAUAUAUAUAUAUAUAUAUAGAUUAGUGUGUGUAUAUAUAUAUAUAUGUCUCUUAGGCCCCUUCUUAAUAUACCAACAAAAUCUCUGGUAUAUUCGAUGGCUGCUGCUUGUCCUCGAGACGAAUAUACCGCUUUAAUAUGAACCACCUACUAAACUGGUAUUUGCCGUCAUCUGGCUUUCUGCGAGGGACAGUUUUUUAUCGAAAACUUAUUUAAGAAUAUCUAAGAAAAGUAAAAAAAAAAAACUCUAUUGUAUUUAAAUAGUGUAAAAUGGACAUUUGUGGGCGUUAAUUUUUUUUUUUUUUUUACAUUUGAAAUCAAAUUUAAGUUUAUAGUUCGACGAAUGUCUCUCACCUAGUGCGUGUGAUUGAGUUUUUCUUUUCAACGUGUAAUAGCAGUGUCUUCGCAGGAGCGCGAGGCUCGCAGAGAAAAUUAAGUGGUGCAUGAGAACGUGUGCAUAAAAGAGAAACAAAAAACGAAAUGAAAUGAAACGAAACGUAACUGAGGCAAAAAAAACACAGAAAUUAAAACAAAGAAAAAUCAAUAAUGAUACAAAUCGUACGGACAUCUCUCGACAUUCGGACGUAUAUAUUAGAGAAAUUCGUAAAUAAAUAUAACAAAAAAAAAAUUAAUAAAAACAAAAAAAAAUAAAACCCCACCGCUUCGUGCUCCUGUUCAAUAAAGAGACAGGCAUAUUAAGGUUAUGUAAAUGCAAUGUUCGCGCCAGGUAGUAUGGAUGAGUAAUGUGUGACUUAAACAUUGCAUAAUAAUUAUACAUAGUAUGUAUAAAGUUAUGAAAUAAGAAACAUUUUAUUAUUAACGAUAAUAUUAUCUAACGUAAUGUAACGUAACGUAAUGCGGGGAGGUUGUUACUCUUUAGACUUGGGCAUAGCGAGUAGGGAGAGCAUUUAUAUAUCCGAUCCCCGAAGCUCACAAAGGCUGCUCUGCUGCUGAUGCUGCUGCUACUGCGCUCCAUCGUUGUUCCAUUUCUGUUGGAUGUAAUCUAUUCUAUUCUAUUCUUAUGGAAACACGUAAAAAAAAAGAAAAAAAAAAUAUGAAAGAAAAAGAAAAAAAAAAGACAAAAAUUCAAUUCUAUAUUUAUAUUAUUUCUUCUCGCAGUUACUUUUGAAAUAGAGGGAAUAUAACGUGUAGUAGGCAAAUCUAUGAAAUCUUAAAAGGUAUUUUAUUAUCGCUAAGACGACGUGUAUUCGAUAGCAUAGAAGAUCCGAUAACUCUCCCUAUUCCAGUGUUCUCUCUCAUUCUGUAUCUUUCUCUCUCUCUCUCUCUCUGUCUCUCUUUCUCUCUCUCUCUUUCUUUCUUUCUUUCUUUCUCUCUCUCUGUCUCUCUCUCUAUUUGAACGUAUUCAAUUGUAUUUUUAUGUACUGUGGUUUUACUUCGAUUUCAUUGUCGUGGGCUACUCAUAGCAGUGAUUCUCGUUGACUGUCGCAGAGAACAAGUGAUGGGGUAUUCCUAGUGAUUCCUUUUCAUUCAUUACGAUCGGUAUCUUAUAAACGGUGACACAUGAUUAAUAUGUAGCCGCAAAAGAAAAGAUCUGUUAAACGCCGCUCUAAUAUAGGGAUCAUUCUUUAUGCUUGAUAAAGAUGAUUCACUCAGUUACAUCACGGUCAAAAAGCGACGAUACUCUUUAUACAUUUAGUAUUAAGAGUUAGUGGAUCAGUUGCAAACAGAGAUGCGUCUAUGCUGUCACUUAUUUUUUUGGGAGACUGUUAAACAAGAAGAAAAAGAAGAAGAAGAUGAAGAUGAAGAAGGGUGAAGAGACAUUGCGGUUACGAUACCAUUGUACCAUAGCUGCAUAAUAAUUAAAUAAAGAUAACGAUAAUUUGAAUGCGAGACGAUGUCCCACGUUUUAAUGUACAAAUAUUUUCGAAUGAGAUAGUUAAAUAAAAACACAGUUAGAUCGGAUAAAUCAAUUCGUUCUCGUAAAGUAGCAAUGAGUUUUAAUAUCUGAAUGAAAAAAAUAAAAUAAAAUAAAAAUAAGGGUAUAAUAAUAAUAAUAAUAAUAAUAUUAAUAAUAAUAUUAAUAAUAAUAAUAAUAUUAAUAAUAAUAAUAAUAAUAAUAAUAAUAAUAAUAAUAAUAAUGAAAAAAAUAAAUUAUAAGAAGAACGAUCGCGGUUUUAUAGACUGCCAUGUCUCAUAUGACCGUGAAAGAAAAAGAAUUGGCUGUAUGAAACCUAAGGAGAUGGACUGGACCGUGUCUUUCGUGCUUAUAUUCUCGUGCACGAUUGUAAGUGCGAUCGUGUGUGUGUAUAUGUGUGCGUGCGUGCGUGCGUGCAUGCGUUCGUGUGUAUCCUAGACCUACGAAAGAUCAAUAAGAAAAAGACAGGAAAAGAAGAAAGAAAAAAAAAGGUGUGGAAUGAGGGUGCGAGCGCACUCAAAGAGGCACACGAUAUGAAAAGAUCGCCUGGCUGAUUCUUUAUUAAUAAUAUUAUACGGGCCAUACCAUUUCUGGCAGUUUCUCUGUUAACAAAACACAACUACGGUUUUAUACACAAAACUGCUACUGUAAUGUACACGUGCUUGCUUCAAGAUAGUACCUUGACUCUAAUUGUUGACAAAGAACUAUCUUAAAGUAUGGAAUGCCUGAGAAAAGAGAAAACUAAGUACUUUAGAAUUCAUAGUAUACUAUACGUACACUAUAAGCAUAGGUCUAUUUAAUUUUAUUAAUAUAAUGAGAAGUGUCAAGCCCCGUUUGCAACAUGACCAGAAAAACAAAAGGGAAAAAAAAAGAAAAAAGAAAAAAAAAAAGAAAGAAAAGACUUGUGUUGUGUACUAGAUGAAGCCAGAGAAUAUACAAGAUACAUUUUGUUCUCUACUCGAGUAUACAACGCGAUUCAGAAAAUUAAACUUUACUGGUGCUAACGGGUCUUAAAAUCAAUCAGGCUGAACAUGCCCAGAUAACCGUUACAUCCCCCUACGUUUGUUAGGUAAGCAUGAAGAUGAUAAAAAAAGCAAGAAAAAUAAAAAUAAAAAGCAAAUACAAAAUUUUGAGAUAAAAUCUGGUAAUGAUACACAUCUUUAAGAUUUAAACGUAAACAAAGUCUUAGGCUAAGAAUUUGGUUUGUGUGUUCAUAAGUCUUGUUCAAACUACUUUUGUACAGGAUACCAUCGCAUCAUCUCUUUCUCUCCCCCCCCCCUCUCUCUCUCUCUCUCUCUCUCUCUCUCUCUCUCUCUCUCUCUCUCUCUCUCUUCUCUCUCUCUCGACGUAACAGUAACCGACACCACAGACUACAUUUUCUGCCCAUUCCAUCAGAUUUGAAACUUUCAUUGUAUUUUUAAGUAAAUACAUUUUGAAAAACAUUA